GGGAAUGUGUUUUUGCAUCAGUAUUGUAUACAUUGCGGUGCAGUAAUUUUAAAAUUAAAUUAGGAUUGCAUUUCUAGUAUAUACUGAGCGUUUGUUUAGCGUUUUUGAACAUAAAACUACGUAUUUCUAAAACAUCACAUGGCAUAACAGUGUAGUUUUCUGUUUGAAUUUGUAAUAAAAUCAAACGUUAAGGAAAACUACAAAAAUCACUAACAAGAAGCAACACGACGAUUACGAAUUACAAGUUCUGCUGUUCUCUGGCACGACGUAGCUGGUGUGAUUAGAGUGAAGUUUACGCCGAAGAAAAUUAUUUUCCGACCGUUUCUAAGCAAAAUACGACGCACAGAUCCUUCGGCCUACUGUUGCUUAGAGAAACUGCCCUUGGCUGCAUUCUGCUGAAUGCAUCAUAUUACGGUGCCCCGGAAGCGUCUAAUGUGCAAGUCCCCAUCGAAGUCGGUUAUCAGGAAUUUGAGUCCAAAUUUUAGGAAUCCUUGCAAAAGCCAGGGAAAGCGUUUUUAAAUCAUCGGAGGUGACAACUUUCCAAAAAGAACGGGGAAAGUGUGUUGGCAGGCUGGGAAUACGAGUACUGCGUAACAUAAAAACGAAAGAGAGCGAGAAACUGCACCUACCAGCGAGAAUGUGGUGAAAGCGAGUGAGCAAAUUUAUAUUCGCAGCAUAUGACGAUACGAGAUCCGCUAUUUUGAUCGGUCGUAUGGUUUUUAAUGAUCUCUCCAACGAGGAACAAAUCAUGGACACUUUGGAAACAUCAAACAAUGCCGAGGAUCAUCCUCGUGUAAUCAUACACGUAGAUAUGGAUUGCUUUUAUGCACAGGUUGAAGAGGUGCUGAACCCCAGUCUCAAGGACAAACCAGUGGGAGUUAAGCAACGGUUCAAUGUGGUGACGUCUAACUAUAUCGCUCGGGAAUACGGUAUCAAAAAAAUGAUGCUCAUCAAUGAAGCCACGAAGCUAUGCCCAGACUUGGUGCUCGUCAAUGGCGAAGAUCUUACCAAGUAUAAGCAAAUGUCGACUAAGAUAAACGAAAUCAUGCACAAAUUCACGCCGAAUGUUGAAAAGCUAGGAUUGGAUGAAAACUAUCUUGACGUCACGAAAGAGAUAAAUGAACAGCUGGAGCAGAAAAUUGACCUGGAGCAAUUGCAGAACGUCGUGGGUUUCAUUCAUCCACCGGUAGAAGAACCAAGCUUAACCGAUCGAGAAGUGUUCCGAAGAGCGUGCUGUUGUGGUUGUGACAGAAGAAUAAUACUUGCAUCACACAUGGCAAAACAGAUACGAGACCGCAUAUUUUGCGAGUUGGGUAUGAAGUGUUGCGCGGGGAUAGCGCAUAAUAAGCUAUUAGCAAAGUUAGUUGGUGGGGUCCACAAGCCUAACAAACAAACGGUAUUACUUCCAAACUGUGCCGCGAGCUUCGUGGGAACACUCGGGACAGUCAAAAAUUUGACUGGCAUCGGUGAGAAGACUGCUCAAAUAUUGGAAGAAUGUGGUGUGAGAACUGUUCGUGAGCUACAGGAAGUUUCACUUCAUCAGCUCUCAAAACGACUGGGAUUCGAACAAUCCAGUAAAUUAAAAGAGAUGUCCUUCGGGAAAGACGAUACACCGGUUAAGCAAACUGGGAAACCAAAAUCAGUUGGUUUAGAAGAUUCUUGCCCUGCAAUUUCUAUUCGAGCUGACGCUGAGGACAAGUUCAGGCAUCUUUUAAUCCGGCUAGUGAAAAACAUAGCUGAUGAUUGUCGCAUUCCAAUAGCUAUUAAAGUAACUGUUAGAAAACAUGAUUCUGUAAAGAAAACGAGUCAUCGCGAAUGUAAACAAGAUAAAAUACUGCCAUCUUAUUUUCGGCACAAAGACGGCAAGCUGGUGUUAGCUGAUGGCGCCCAGGAUAAAAUUCUAGCCAUCGUGAUGAAAGUAUUCGAACGUAUGGUCGAUUUGGGACAACCGUUCAACAUUACAUUGCUGGGACUUUCAUUUUUCAAAUUCCAAGAACGUAAAGCCGGCUCGAAGUCGAUAGCAAAUUUUCUGAUUAAGAAGUCAGAUAUUGAGGUCCAAUCGAUUACUAACCUUAGCAACGAAUCACUUACAUUAAGUGACAGUUUCACAUCGACCCGGUCUUAUUCCACGGCAAUGGAUUGCGAUCCCUCAUCGAGUACGUGUUUGUCAGACACCGCCUCAGUAGCAUCCUUAUCCGGUUCAGAAUCAGAUGUGGAACCGUCGCCAAAAAAGUGUCGUCGUUUGGCUUCAUUUCUUGCGCGCAAAAAUAGUAGUUUGCUACCAUCUAACGAGGAUGAUUGUUCGUCGCCUAGUAAACUACGUGUUGCUGAUCUUCGACUGAAUUCCAAGGAGUACGAUCAAGAGCCAUCCAAUUCUGGCGCGAGCGUAACAAGCAUUCCACUCGGGUUAAAAUCCGCAGGAUUCUUCAAAAAUCAUCUAUCUACAUCGACUCCUGCAAAAUCAUCAUCGCAAGCUGAAUCGCCAUUGGCAAGGGGACCUACUGGUGGCGGUAACCUCAAGGCGUCCAAUGAAAGCGGUCUUCCCUCAAAUGUCGAUCCUAAUGUGUUCAAUGCGCUGCCGGUGGAAGUACAACAGGAACUUUUGGAGAAUUGGCGAACCUCGAAUCCCGCAUCAUCCUCAAGCGCAUCGUUGUCCAGUUCUAGCUCGAAAAAUACACUCCAUCGAUAUUUUGUUAAAAACGCAUAGCGAAGCUCUCUAAAGGAUGGAAAUUAAUGGUUGUAUUUAUUUAUUGAAACGGUAUGAAACAUUAACUUCGGUUAUAAUAAUAAUUACGUCAACCUGAUUUUGUUGUGAAUAUCUCGCCUUUUCUGUUUUUUUUUGUAUUUCUAAAAUUAACAUAGGUACUUUUGACGUUAUAAAAGGACAUGUAUUCACCUUAUAAAGACACAGAGAUAAAAAAUAUUGUUAAAACAUUAUAGCCUACUCAUACAACUGGGUAGGGCAAAUGGCUGCUUUGGUAGAGUUUGUUUUUGUCAAUAGGUUUUCUAAGAUCCAUUGUGCUCAAAUUUGUCCUGAACAUUGUAAGUGCACCCAGGUACGUUGAGGUCGUGGAUCAGAAAAUUUUAUUUACGAAAAAACCUAUGUCAAUAAUAAAACAUCAGCCAAAGCCGUAAUUUUCUCUACGUGAUAAAAAGAAAUUUAAUAAAAAAAACUACAAAAAAAAAAA